CUGGGGUCUCCGCCCCCAGGAGCAGCCACCCCGGCCGAGCCCGAGCGUCGCGGCGGGAGCCACACGCACCGCCCGAACCCCAGCCGCUGGGCGCCGGAGCCCGCGCGCCGGCCUGAGCUGCGGCGCAGACCCACGUUCGCUUCCGAACUCCGAGUCGGGCCCGGACGGCGCGGCCGGGUCCCGCGCCUCAUCUGAAUUUGACCCUCGAGGCUCCGAAGUGACCCCUGUCUCGGCACAUUUUGCUGUCUGCGCGGCGCCCGCUCCGCUUCUCAGCGUCCCGGCCCCGGCUCCGGCGAGGGUAAUGAAGCUGGAAGCUGGCUGUGGUGUAACCACCUCAGAGGUCCCUAAGCCUGAAAAAGAAGCCUAGCCAGAUGCAGAGCCACCCUCAGAGACCCAGCCACAGGAGGCUGGGGCCAAGUCCAUGUCCGGAUUGGGGCUUGAGGCUGAGGCGGAGCCCCUGGGGGCUGACACCAAGGCCAAGUCCCUGGGGGCCAAGGCCAGGUCUGGAUCAGGGCCUGAGGCCCAGGCCGAGCCGUUGGACUUCGUGGUCGCCACAGAACAGGAGUUUGAGGAGGUGCUAGCCAUCUCGGGGGACAUCUACGGUGGCCUCAACUACCUUCCUAGCCGCUACCACGGCUGGCUCUGGGAUCCCGACCGCACCGUGGUGCUGACCAAGCAAAACGGAGUGAUCGCGCUGGAGUCGGUGCACGUGAUCGACGCCAGGAAGUCGGCGCCGGCGGAGGGGCUGCGCGUGGCGCCCUGUGAGCGCGGCAAGGGCGUGGCCGGGCUCCUGCAGCGCUUCUGCUAGCAUUUGGUCAAACGACAGCACCCGGGGGUCAAGGUGGCACGGCUCACCCUGGACGACCAGCUGGGCCCCCGGGAGCUGAAGAAAUACCGGCUAAUCACCAAGCAGGGCAUCCUUUUGGUCCGAUUCAACGCGUCGGCGCUGCCGGCGGGGCUGGGCGCGCGGCUGGCGGCGCUGCAGGCCUCCGGCACCUUCCCACCGCUGCCCACUGAGGCCGUGUCGGAGGCAGGCUGCGACGUGGCACGCCUCCUGCUGUCGCCCUCCGUGCAGCGCGACGUGCUUCCGGGCAGGACCAUCAUCCAGGACUGGCAGCCCUACUGGCGGAGCGAGAGCAACCUGCACCUGCUGGUGGCCAAGGGCCUGGAGUGGUGCGUGGACAGCCGCGCGCGCCCGCUCCUGCUCACGCUGUGCACGCGCCCCUUCCCCAUCCCGCGUGGCAGCGACGGCACGUGGCACUACCUCAACAUCCACGCCUUCGGCAGCGACGGCGCACAGGUUAGAGCCAGCUUGUGGCACCUGCUGCGCCAGGCCCCGCGCCUUGCCGGCUUCAACGUCACGUGCCAGCUCUUCCUGGCACCCCAGUUAUGGUCACAGCUGACUGACUUCUGCCCCGCCAGCUGGGGGCUAGAGCUGGUCAAGGGUUAUACUGAACAGUACCUGCUGGAGGCCGACAUCUGAGGCCUCUGGUCAAAGGGGAGAGAAGCACUUUAGGCCCGCCCCCUUCCGUGGAUCCCCUGCAAGCCCCGCCCCCUACUAUUUGCAAGCUCCGCCCCCUCCCCCCACCCUCGGUAGUCGGCUCUGACGCGUACUUACCCGGUAGCGGUCCCUCCCUUCCCUUUCCCAGACCUCUCUGUCCGCCAUCUUGCCCCUAGCGCCCCCAAACGCCCUUGCCCACACCAGGAUCUGCACCGCCGAGUUUGGGAGAGCCUCUUGUGCUGCUAUUGGCCACCGUUUCCCGUUUCCAAAGAAUGGGUUCCUUCACAAGCUUCAGAGCCUUUCCCUGUCCGUCGCCCUGGCCUGGCAGUGAAUUCUGCCUUUCUGGCUUCCCCCUUCCGCCUCCUCUUGGGUGGAAGCGGGCAGAAGUGUGUGCCACGCCCAGCACCCGGCUGGGAGCACAGCUGCCCAAUACGUAUUAGUUUUCUUCCUCCUGCCCUUUCUCAGGCUCUCAGAGCUUGCCCCGCACUCCCCUCCUCUCUGCCCUCUCAGCCUCCUGUGCCUCUAGGUCAGUGUCCUCCCUCCUCUCUGUCCUCCCAUUCUCCUCCUCCCAGCACCUCCCGGACUCUUAGCUCCUCGUUUCCCGUUCGUCUGCUCCUCCAUUCCCCUUCCCUAUGACCUCUCCCCAUCACCCACCCUGUGUGCAAUAUGAGAGAGAUCUGUAAAUGAAAUAGAUUUAUGAUACUCCCCCCCCAUUUGGCCGGCUGUUUAUGCUCUGGUGAUGCACUUUUCUGAGCAUGCCCCCUCUGAUUGGGAUUUCCUCCAACUUUGCACGGUGUUGCUAAUUUCGCAGGCCCCCUCCACAUGCCUCCAACUAGGGGCCUGAACCAGGCCUGUGAACCAGGGGGUUCUGGCUGGAGAGUUUGGUGUAGUGGAGGGCAGGUCCCUCAUGGGUGUGGGGGUCUCUCCUGAUUCUAACCAGGUUGCCUUCUAGUGUGACUGGAACCCCCACCUCCGGAUAUUUCUGAUUCCUUUAUGCUUUUUGGACUCUGUCACUCUUCUCUUUAAACGCAAGUAGUAACAGUUGCAUUUGCACAGCGCUGUCUCCUACACUGGAUCCUCACAUCUACCGCAGAGGGGGGAAACAGAGGCCCAGAAAGAUCAAAGUGAUUUCCAAGUCACUUGAGUAGCUGGGAGCCUGGCAGGGACUAGAACCCAGGUGCCCCAAGCCCAGAUCAUGCCUCAGAACUUCAUUCUGUGUGGGACAGCGGUAGCUUGAACUUUUUGGUGGACAAUAGACAGUGGCUAGGGAUUCGUUGACAGCGAGCACAGGGUUUUCUGGGAGUGGAAUCCAAGACGUGGGCAGAGGAAGGCGCCAGGAGGUGGAAGAAGGUAGGCAGAGGCCCACCGCUGCUUCCGCACUUUCCCUAGUUCCGGUUUCGCUGCUGUGCUGCUCUGCCUUGCUGCCUCCUGCCCCCGGCCAUGCUGCCACCCUCCCUGUCACUUCAGCUAUGGCUGUAUUGCAAUAAAACCGACCUUUAGCCCA